CUUCGUGCGCAUGCUCGGCCGGUUGAUAAAACGCCGGUUAAUUGGAGGAGGAGACGCCGCUGGAAGAGCCGCGGAACACGGGCACGCAGCGGAGAGUCCGCGGGGCUUUGGAAGCAGAAGUUGGGGCCAUGGUUCUGCACACGGAGCCGCCCCGGACCGGGAUCCACGUCUCGGACCCGGAGGGGAGGGAGCGGACGGAGAGGGGCAGCCCCGGGCCGCUGAAGCCGGACCGGUGUAAGACGGCGUCGGGUCACAUCAAGCGGCCGAUGAACGCCUUCAUGGUCUGGUCCAAGGCGGAGCGGAGGAAGAUCAUGCUCCAGGCUCCGGACAUGCACAACGCCGAGAUCUCCAAGCGGCUCGGGAAGCGCUGGAAGGCGCUGAAGGAGGCCGACAAGGUGCCGUUCAUCCGGGAGGCGGAGCGGCUCCGGCUGCAGCACAUGGCCGACUACCCGGACUACAAGUACCGGCCCAGGAAGAAGCCCAGGGCGGACGGGGGCGCGCUUCCUGCGGGGAGACCAGCCGCUCAGUCCCCGGAGAAACCCGGCGUCAGACCCGGGAACAGGAAGCACUCCAGAGCCGGUCCCCGGUACCGGUACCUGCUGACCCCCGGUAGCCUCGUUAAACGGGACUUUACCGACGAGGAGGAGGAGGAGGAGGAGGAGGAGGAGGAGGAGGACCAGCCGGCCCGGUCCAGUCUGGGCUCCGGUCCGGACCCGGAGUCCUCGGGUCGGCUCUUCUACAGCUUCAAGAACAUCACCCGGACCCCCGGCGGGACCUCGUCCUACCCGGCCUCCCUGUCCCCAGCGUCCCGGUCCAGCUCCACCUCGUCCUCCUGCUGCAGCGAGGACCUGGACGACCUCCCUGUGGAGGACAGAGACGUCUUCACGGGCUCCUCCUCCGCCCCGGAGCCCUGGACCUCGUCCUCCGGCGUGGCCCCGGGGACCCUGAGCCUGUCCCUGGUGGACCAGGACCUGGACCUGGACCUGGACCUGGACCUGGACCGGUUCAGCAGCCUCGGCUCCCACUUCGACUUCCCAGACCACUGCACCCCGGAGCUGAGCCAGAUGAUCGCGGGGGGGUGGCUGGAGGCCGACCUCUCCGACCUGGUCUUCACCUGCUGACCCGGUGAGGGGGGGCAUCCACCCGGAGCCGGUUCUGGGCCCGGUCUGGGAGUCUGGAGGCUAGGCCCCCCCCCCAACUGGGUUUUAUGGAUUUCUUUUGCUGGGACAGAACCAGGACAGGAACCAGAACCAGAACCAGGACCAGGACCAGGACCAAGCAUUAGCACAGAGACUUUAGUUGAACCAGACUACCUCACCUCGGUACCAGAACCACCAGGCUGCAGGUUAUUUUUGUACAUGUCAGGGACCAGGAGCAGGGGAGGGUGGAGGGUUCGAAUCCCGUCCUGCUCCAGAUGUUGUGGAGGCUCGUUCUUCAGCCCCACCUUCAGUUCAGAUGUUUUACUUUGUGUUGUUAGGAUCCUUUUAUUUCAUUUCUAAAGGUUGAGCUGUACCUGGACCCUGUAUCUGGUCCUCAGGGCUCUGAGCUCGUUACAGAUGUUUCAUUAUCUGCUGUAUUUUAUUUCUAACACCUCAUUUAUUGUCAUUAAAUGAUAACUCUUCAUCAGCUGA